AUGGCCGAUUCGAAUGAUACUCAUGGUCCACCGGAGCCAGUGCUGGAAGUUCCACCACCACAGGAGAUUCGUAUUUUGGAAUCAGCUGACGACAUUCAACAACGUCGUCAGGAAGUUCUUGGUCACUACUCUCUUUUCAAGGAUCAUUCUCAGACAAAGAGAGAACGUCUUGAGGAGGCUCGUCAGUUACAAUACUUCAAACGUGAUGCUGAUGAGUUGAACGUUUGGAUUCUUGAAAAACUCCAGACAGCCCAAGAAGAGAACUUCAGAGAUCCAAGUAAUCUUCAGGCAAAGAUCCAGAAACAUGAGGCGUUCGAAGCUGAGGUUCAGGCUCACGCUAAGACCAUUGCCAACCUCGAUAAGACCGGAAACGCCAUGAUUCAACAUCAACAUUUCGCCCACGAGUUCAUCAAGAAACGCUUGGAAGAGUUGCAUGCUCUUUGGGACAAGCUUUUCUUCAAACUGAAGGACAAGGGAAUUAAGCUACAACAAGCACUUAAACUUUUGCAUUUUAUCCGUCAAUGUGAUGAAGUUCUCUAUUGGAUUCGAGAGAAAGAAACCUAUGUCACCGCAGAAGACAUGGGAAUGGAUCUCGAGCACGUUGAGAUUCUUCAACGCAAAUUUGACGACUUUUUGAAAGAACUCGGUAACCAUCAAUACCGAAUCAAUGAGAUCAAUCAAGCCGCUGACAAACUCGUCGAGGAAGGACACUCUGAACACGAUCAGAUCUACAAGAAGCGUGAUGAUGUCAAUGAUGCCUGGCAUCGUUUGAACACUCUUGCUGCUACUCGCAAGGAAGGACUCUUUGGAGCUCAUCAAGUCCAGAGAUUCAACCGUGAUGCUGAUGAGACUCUUGCGUGGAUUGGAGAGAAAGAUCUUGCUUUGUCAAGCGACGACUAUGGAAGAGAUCUCAACAACGUACAGGCUCUUCAACGCAAACACGAGGGAACUGAACGUGAUCUCGCUGCUUUGGAAGGAAAGAUGCUUCAACUUGAGAAGGAAGCUCUCAAGCUUGCCGAGACUCACCCAGACCGUGCUGAAGCUAUCCAUCAGAAGAACGAUGACACCAAAGGCGCGUGGAAUGACCUCAAGGACAAGGCUCAACGUCGUAAGGAUGGACUCGAGAGAAGCUUCCAACUUCACCGCUUCUUGGCUGACUACCGUGAUUUGAUCAGUUGGAUUGGAGACAUGAAGGCUGUUAUCGGAGCUGAUGAGCUUGCCAAGGAUGUCGCUGGAGCCGAGGCUCUCCUUGAAUCCCAUCAAGAACACAAGGGAGAGAUCGACGCUCGUGCUGACUCAUUCAACCAAAUCGCAGCAGCCGGGCAGAAGCUUGUCGAGAUGGGAAUUCCAGAGAGCCCAGAAGUCAACGAGAAACUCGAAAAGCUUGAGGCUGAGAAGUCUUCUCUUCUUGGAUUGUGGGAGGAACGUCGCAUUCUUUAUGAGCAAUGCAUGGAUCUCCAGCUCUUCUAUCGUGACACCGAACAAGCGGAGACAUGGAUGAACAAACAAGAAGCCUUCCUUGCCAACACCGACUUGGGAGAUUCUUUGGAUUCUGUCGAGCAUCUUAUCAAGAAACACGAGGAUUUCGAGAAGUCGCUUGCUGCUCAAGAGGAGAAGAUCAAUGCUCUUGACGAGUUUGCCACCAAGUUGAUCCAAGGACAACACUACGCUGCUGAAGAUGUCGCCAAGAGACGCCAAGCUCUUCUUGACCGCCGUCGUCGUCUUCUUGAUAGAGCUCGCCAACGUGGAAAUGCUCUCAAGGAAAGCUACAAGCGCCAGACAUUCGAUCGUGAUUGCGAUGAGAUGGUCAGCUGGAUCACCGAGAAGUUGUCUACCGCUCGUGAUGACUCUUACUUGGACCCCACCAACAUCCGUGGAAAACUCCAGAAGCAUAUCAAUUUCGAACAAGAGCUCAGAGCUAAUGAGAACCGUCUUGACGACAUUCGCUCCACCGGAGAGCAAAUCAUCGACAGUGGACACUUUGCUGCUGAUCAUAUUGGAGACCGUCUCCGCCAGGUCAACAACUUGUGGAACGAUUUGGUAGAUGCCACCAACAAGAAGGGAGCUAAACUCCGUGAGGCUGGAAACGAGCAACAAUUCAACCGUAACAUCGAGGAUGUUGAGUUGUGGCUCAGUGAACUUGAAGGACAAGUUGCUUCUGAAGACUACGGAAAGGAUCUUGUGUCUGUGCAAAACCUUCAAAAGAAGAUUGGACUUCUCGAGUCCGACUUCAAUGCUCACAACGACCGUGUUGAUGGAAUCAAGAAUCUUGCUCAACAAUUCCAGAAUGAAGAACAUUUCAACGCUCCAGUCAUCAUCCGCAAGCAAGAGGCUCUUCAUCAACGCUACAAUGCCCUCCGUGAUCCACUCGAGAAGAGAAAGAAAAAGCUCGGAGAAUCCCUUCAAGGAAACCAACUCUUCCGUGACAUCGAAGACGAAUUGGCAUGGAUUCGCGAGAAAGAGCAGGUUGCCGGAUCAACCAACCGUGGACGUGACUUGAUCGGAGUUCAAAAUCUUAUCAAGAAGCAACAAGCUCUCAUCGCUGAGAUUGCCAACCACGACAGUCAAAUCGAGAGUGUCAGCAGUGCCGCCAACGACAUGAUUCAACAGGGUCACUUCUUGGCUCCAGAAAUCCGUGACAAGCUUGCUCAACUCCGUGACAACUGGAGAAUUCUAAAGAGCAAGGCUGAGAAGAGACGUGGAGAACUUGAUGAUUCUCUUCAAGCUCAUCAAUACCUGUCUGAUGCUAAUGAAGCUGAUGCCUGGAUGAGCGAGAAGGAGCCAAUCGUUGGGUCCACCGACUACGGAAAAGACGAAGACUCUGCUGAGGCUCUCCUCAAAAAGCACCGUGCUCUUCUCUCUGAUUUGGAGGCGUUCAAGGGAACUAUUGAGGAUCUUCGUAAGCAAGCGUCUCAAUGCAAGUACCAAGAACAACCAAUGGGACAACUCGGACGUGACUGCGUCUUGGCUCUCUACGACUACCAGGAGAAGUCUCCACGUGAGGUUUCGAUGAAGAAGGGAGAUGUUCUCACUCUUCUCAAUGCUAGCAACAAGGACUGGUGGAAGGUUGAGGUCAAUGAUCGUCAAGGAUUCGUUCCAGCUGCAUACGUCAAGAGAAUUGAACCAGGAACUGCUCAACAACAUGCUCAGCAACAGGUCAACUCAAUCGGAGGAAAACAAUCUGAGAUUGAGGACAAGUACCAACGUCUCAUGAUGCUCGGAGAGACCAGAAAGAGAAAGCUCGAGGAAGCCUGCAAAGGAUACCAACUUCUCCGUGAAGCUAACGACUUGGCUGAAUGGAUCAAGAGCCGCACUAACAUGGCAGAAGAAGCCGUCGCUGCUCAACAAGAGAUUGGAACUGAUCUUGAACAAGUCGAGGUUCUCCAAAAGAAGUUCGAUGACUUCAAGGGAGAUCUCAAGGCUAAUGAGGUCCGUCUCCAAGAGAUGAACCAAAUUGCCACUGCUCUCACUUCCGUUGGACAAACUGAGACCGCUGUCCGCAUUCGUCAACAAAUCGAAGACCUUAACGCUAGAUGGCGAGCAUUGGAAGAGCAAACCGAACAACGUGAACAACAACUCGGAUCUGCUCAUGAAGUCCAACGCUUCCACCGUGAUGUUGAUGAGACCCGUGACUGGAUUCAAGAGAAGGAUGAUGCUCUUGACAGCGAGGACUUCGGACGCGACCUCCGUUCCGUUCAAGCUCUUCAACGCAAGCACGAGGGAGUCGAGCGUGAUUUGGCUGCUCUUGGAGACAAGAUCAAGUCAUUGGAUGAGAAGGCCAACCGUCUUCGUCAAUCUCACCCAGAAGCUGCCGAACAAAUCUACGACUUGCAACGUGAGCUCAAUGAGCAAUGGAAUCGUCUCACCUCGAAGGCCAACAACCGCAAGGAGAAACUUCUUGACUCGUACGACUACCAACGCUUCUUGUCUGAUUAUCGUGAUUUGAUGCAAUGGAUCGCCUCCAUGAACCAACUUGUCAGCAGCCAGGAGCUUGCCAACGACGUCACCGGAGCUGAAGCUCUUCUCGAGCGUCACCAGGAAUACCGCACCGAGAUCGACUCUCGUGCUGCCACCUUCCAAGCCUUUGACCAAUUCGGAAACCAACUUCUCAACAGCCACCACUACGCUGCUGGAGACAUUGAGAACCGCCUUCAAGGAGUCAACGAGGCUCGCAAGGGGCUCGAGGACGCCUGGGUUGCCCGUCGUAACAUUCUUGACCAAUGCCUUGAGCUCCAACUCUUCUACCGUGACUGUGAACAAGCUGAUACCUGGAUGUCUGCUCGUGAAGCUUUCUUAGCUCAAGAGGAUCCAUCUGGAGACAAUGUUGAGUCAUUGAUCAAGAAACACGAAGACUUCGACAAAGCUAUCAACACUCAGGAGGAGAAGAUCAAGGGACUCAGACUGUUUGCCGAGUCACUAAUCAAGAACAACCAUUACGAUUCUCCAGCUGUCACCCGCAAGAGAGACCAAAUUCUAGAAAGAUGGAACGGACUUAAGGAUGCACUCAUCCAAAAGAGAUCCAAGCUUGGAGAGUCUCAAACUCUUCAACAAUUCAGUCGUGAUGCUGAUGAGAUUGAGAACUGGAUGACCGAGAAGUUCCAGAUCGCUCAAGAGGAGAACUACCGUGACCCAACCAACAUUCAACAGAAGCACCAGAAACAACAAGCCUUUGAAGCUGAACUCCAUGCCAACUCUGACAGAAUUGCCGCUAUCAUUCAAGCCGGUAACAAUCUCAUUGAGAACGCCAAGUGCGGAGGAGGUGAGGCUGCUGUCAGUGCUCGUCUGAAGGCUCUCAACGACCAAUGGGAUCUUCUUGUCAAGACUACUACCGAGAAGAGUUACCGUCUCAAGGAGGCUAACAAGCAAAAGAGCUUCAUGGCUGCCGUCAAGGAUCUUGAAUUCUGGCUUGGAGAAGUUGAAAUCCUUCUCAACUCCGAGGACUAUGGAAAAGAUUUGGCUUCCGUCGAGAAUCUUCUCAAGAAGCAUUCCCUUCUUGAGGCUGACAUUGUUGCCCACCAAGACCGUGUUGGAGAGAUGAACGAGCAAGCUGAUUCCCUUCUUGAGAACGACCAAUUCCAAGGACAACAAAUUGCUGAGAGAAGAAAGUUGAUUGCUGAUCGUUAUGAUGGUGUCAAGAAGUUGGCUACUGAUCGUCGUGACAAGUUGAGCAAGGCUCUCAAUGUUCAUCAAUUCUUCCGUGAUAUUGAUGAUGAGGAGUCUUGGAUUAAGGAGAAGAAACUUCUUGUAUCUUCCGAUGACUACGGACGUGAUCUUCCAGGAGUCCAGAAUCUCCGUCGCAAACAUCGUCGUAUCGACACCGAGCUCGCUUCCCACGAACCACAAGUUUCUCUUGUCAAGCUGAAGGGAGAGGAACUCUUGAGAUCCGCUGCUGAAGCUGGAGUUGGAGAGGACCAAAUCAAGAAACGUAUGGAAGAUUUGGAGCAAAGCUGGGGGCAAAUCCGUGAUCUCACUGGAAACCGUCACCAACGUCUUGAUGAGUCUGAGGCCUUCCAAGCAUUCUUGGGAGAUGUUGAAGAGGAGGAAGCAUGGAUGAACGAGAAGCAACAGAUCUUGGGAUCCGACAACUUUGGAGACAACAUGGCUGGAGUUCAAGGACUUCUUAAGAAGCACGACACCUUCCAGGUCGACUUGGAGCUUCACAAGCAACGUGUUGCUGACUUGAUCAGCAAGGGAGAUGCUCUCAUUGACAACGGAAACCAUCACGCUCCACACAUCCGCCAAAGAUGCGACCAACUUCGUGCUCGCCUUGUUGAAAUUGAGAGCAUGGCUGAGAAACGACUUGCCAAGCUCCGUGACAACUCUGCCUACCUUCAAUUCAUGUGGAAGUGCGAUGUCGUCGAGUCCUGGAUUGCCGAGAAGGAGCAACAAGUCCGCUCCGAAGAUUUCGGAAGAGAUCUCUCUUCAGUCCAAAUUCUUCUCACCAAGCAAGAAGCUUUCGAUGCCGGACUCAACGCUUUCGAGCACGAGGGAAUUCAAAGAAUUACCGAGCUCAAGGAUCAACUUGUAUCCAGUAUCCAUCAACAGUCUCCAGCCAUCGAAAAACGUCACACCAACGUUAUUCAACGCUGGCAGAACCUUCUCGCCCAUUCCGAGGCUCGCCGCCAGAAGUUGUUGAAGAUGCAACAGCAAUUCAAGCAAAUCGAGGAACUUUAUCUUGCUUUUGCCAAAAAGGCUUCCACUUUCAAUUCAUGGUUCGAGAACGCUGAGGAAGACUUGACUGAUCCAGUCCGAUGCAACUCUUUGGAAGAGAUCCGUGCUUUGCGCGACGCCCAUGCUGAGUUCCAGCGCUCAUUGUCCUCCGCUGAAGAGGACUUCCGCCAACUCCAAGAUCUUGAUCGUCGGAUCAAGUCGUUCAAUGUGGGACCUAACCCAUACACAUGGUUCACCAUGGAUGCCCUCGAAGACACGUGGCGCAACCUGCAAAGAAUCAUCAAGGAGCGCGAGCAGGAGCUUGCCAAAGAGCAUCAACGACAGGAAGAGAACGACAAAUUGCGACGCGAGUUUGCCAAGUUGGCUAAUGCUUUCCACACCUGGUUGACAAAUACUCGACAAGAGAUGAUGGAAGCAGGAGGUACCCUCGAAGAACAGUUGGAUUCAGUUGAAAAGAAGGCUAAGGAAAUCAAGGCAAACAAAGUUCAACUGCGGCAAAUUGAAGAGAAGGGAGCUAUGUUAGAGAGAAACCUUAUCCUAGACAAUAGGUACACUGAACACUCGACAGUCGGAAUUGCACAAGCAUGGGACCAGCUGGAUCAGUUGGCAAUGCGAAUGCAGCACAACUUGGAACAACAGAUUCAAGCCAGAAACCAGUCGGGAGUCACGGAAGAAGCCCUUCGAGAAUUCUCGAUGAUGUUCAAACAUUUCGACAAGGAAAAGACUGGAAGACUAGACCACCAACAAUUCAAGAGCUGUCUGCGGGCCCUUGGAUACGAUCUGCCGAUGGUGGACGAAGGUCAACCAGAACCAGAGUUCCAGAGAAUUUUGGAUAUUGUCGACCCGAACAGAGAUGGUUACGUGACCCUGCAAGAGUACAUGGCAUUCAUGAUCAGCAAGGAAACCGAGAACAUUCAAUCAUCGGAAGAAAUUGAAAUGGCAUUCAGGGCCCUUUCAAAGGAAUUCCGACCAUAUGUCACGGCAGAGGAGCUCUACACGAACCUUACGCCGGAACAAGCCGAAUUCUGCAUAAAGCGAAUGAAGCCCUACACGGACACCAUUUCGGGACGAGCCAUCCAAGGAGGACUCGACUACGAACAAUUUGUCCAUGUCUUGUUCCAGAGCUAA